GGAAGGCCUAUGAGACAGAUUGAGAGAGAGCCAAAGGAAAGAGUGGAUGCGUGUGUAUCAAGGGACCAGUGUAGACUUACUGCUGCGGACCAGGCUGCUGACUUCCAAUGCUUGGUAACAAGCGGUGCAAAAUUGAUGGAGUGGGGGAAAGCAAAGGGACCUGCAUCUGGGUUUGUGGGUAUCAGUCUAUCAAGCAACAAACGAUAAGCUAGAGGUGAAGCGUAGGGUGCAUGGGUUCGAGGAGGAGCUUAACUUGAUCGUGGUGAGCUUGGAAUGGGGAAGAUCGAUGCCGAGUUCACGUGAUUUGGGAGCUCUGCAUGCGGCGCAAUCUCGCAGUGGUCGUUGUGCAUUUGUUGCAGUGGAAAGGCAGGAGGAAGAGGAGGAAGAGGAUGCACAAACUGGCUAGUUGAGUAACUGGUCGCCAAACUGUGUGCACCGGUGCCGCGUUCACUGCAACCUCGUCGGCGGGCAUCAUGUUCGGCGGUCGUAAAUCCUUUGCUACGGUUUUGGAUCGCAAUCCAUUAUAAUAAGGGUGUUUGUAUAUAUAUAUAUAUAUAUAUGAUAUUUGUUUGUGUAUGUGAAUCAUAAGACCGUGGGUUCAGAAGAGUGAGAAUCUUGGGAAUAUGUGGCGAUGGCGUGAGAGGUGGGCCUGCGUCGACGAUGGUGGUUUAUCUUUUUCCCGUAGCGUGGGAUCAUGCGAUUCCUUAAAUGCAGAGCGAUGCUGAUUCAACGAGGCGAGAGGCGUCAUGUCUGCGAGUUUAACACCCCCCCCCCUACUCAAGAGUCUGCAGGGUCAAACCCCAUGGAGAAUUUGGACGUUCUGGUGAGGGGAGUGGUGAUGCAGAAUCCUGGGCUGGGCCUAGAGUUGAUCAGUUUCCGAAGGGUUGAGUUGCUAUGGGUUGCGGUGGUGGCGAUGAUCGUGUUAGCGUUGCUGUCGGUGAAGAGAGUGAGCAUCGUGAGAGUGGGAUGGACGUGGGGGUCCAAGCCGGGUCUUGUGCGUGUCCGCGUGCAAUCGUUUUCCUCCAUGUCGGACAUCGGUAUGUUCGACGAUGAGCUUUUGAACUGCUCCGCGGAUUCCUGCAGCGAAGACGCAUCGAGCUCCUCCUCCGACGACCAGUCAGGGACUGCUGAAAUGGUCUUUAUUUUUGGAAAGAAGAUGAUGCCGCUCAAUCUCCCCUCGCCAUCACAAGCCUCCAUUGUGCGCAUUGCCCCUGAGACGGUAAUUGGAACGCGACAAACUCCAUCACAAGACUUCGAGAUGAGCUUAGACUCGCCCUCAGCGCUGUUCCCUAUUCCGCAACCCACUGACGCAAAGUUCGCAGAAUCGCCGUGGCGCGAGGGAAUCGAUCCUGACUUCUCGCAAACCUCCCGUGGUGCCGAUUCGCCGUUAUCCUUAUGGGCGCAGUCUCUCACGACGCCAUUAGUCGGCGUAGCUCCACCGCCUCCGGCAACCAUCGUGAAGAACGUUGAUUCUUCUUGCGAAUGGGAUCCUCUGUGGAAGCUCAGAAUUCGCGAUGCAGUCGUGCGCGACACCAGAAAAUACUCUCCUUCGGGGACUUUCAAAACGUUACCGCGAGCCCCAGUUGCAACGCAAGACGACAGCAUCGUCACUCUUAAGGAAGACGUGGUUAGGUUAUGGAACAGUGAGGCAAGGUGUCUAGUGAAGAGCGUGCAUCUACCGAAUUGUAACAGUGGAGACGAUUUGGUCACAGCUUUUGAUGCCGACUGGGAGUCCAAAGUUGCGGUCGCGGGCAGGAAGGGAGGGAGGCUUCUCCUCACAAAGCUGGAGGGUCCAUUUUACGAGAAAUGCUACGAAACAAACCUAAAUGUGCAAGCGCUUCACCUAGAUCGUAGCUCGUCGCUGAAGACUAUAUACACAGGAGGGCCAACCAUAGCCAAUCCAGGCUGCUCCGUCUCGCUUUGGGAUAGCAGGUCGAGCAGCUGCCAACUUUCGGUCAAUUUGAACUCUGCGAGCUCCAUCUAUGGAAUUCGCUCACUAGACCAAGAGCUUUACGUGCGGGACCAAGUUGACUCCCUCGCUGCGCAUGACGUGAGGAUGCUUGGGGCGGCUAGUGUAACCAGGGUUGCAAGUGACGUGAACUACGAACACACUCAAGAGGACAGAUGGUGGGACAUCGGCACCACCAUCGAGGGCGACCAGGACGACGAGGACGAUGAGUUCUCAGACAGUCUCACUGCUAACGAUGAGACCAAGGGCGCCAGGGGGUCAUCCUACAUGGGCAGCCUCGUCAGGGCGAUGAGCCGCAACUUCUCCACAAAAUCUCCUUCCCCAUGAAACUCGAACAGUCGACACACAUUAAAAUAAUAAUAAUAAUAAAUAAAAGAUCAAAAAAAUCAAGAGGGGAAGCUACCCUUCUUCAUGCGCUGUCAAUUCCUUCGGAGCCAUGUGUUUCAAACCUUGUGCAUCAUCGCACGACACCGGAACUCCGGAAGAGGAAGAAGCCGUGAAGGCGUGUGGCGAUGGUACACACAUGGACCCGCAUCAUCAGCAACUUCUCACAUCCGCCUGCGCUAGCUUUGCGACACUGCUUCGAUCAGCAGUGAACUGGCGGUCGUACGCGACCUGCACGAAGGAUGUGGUUGUUGCAUAGGCACGCGCAAUUCCAGUUCCAGUUUCCAUUCUUCGCGACACUAUUUGGGAGUAAUUUCUAGAUUAAACUUGUGGAUUUGGCUUUUGCAAGCCCGCGUCCCGGAAUUCUCGGAGCUUGGUUACAUCAGAGCAAGUAGAUCCACUUCGGUGCCAUGCAAUGAUCUCAUGUGACGCCUCCUGGAUUAUCUUAUUGUACAUGGAAACUAUAUUGUCACCAUCAGACAGACAGACAGACAUACUCGAGGUGGUUGUGGUGGAGUUGGCUUGAUACUGUUCAGCAGACCACCAGAAUCACUUGAGGAAAGACACAAAAUGAACUUUGGGUUUCGGAGUGGAAGAAAUCUUUGAUAUUGUUGGAAUAUGUUUCAGCUCUGUAAAUAUCGACAACUGGAACUCAUCACCAUCGCCUAGAUUGCACCUCUUAGUGGAUCUUAAUCUAGACUUGUUGCUUUGUGCGGGAGCAAUGAGCCCUUGCUUGCUGCUCUUACGUGAAUUUGCGUGUUUGUAUUUGUGUGUGUGUAUGUGUGUACAUCUAUUAUAUAACCAAAGACAGUUCAGAUGAUUGCAACUGCAUCCUUACUUGCUGCUCUUCCAGAGCAAAAUAAGGUAGGAUGGACAUGAGAUGUAAUUUGUCUUGAAUUUUCGUAGAAUUCAAUUACAAGUAAAUGUUAAAAGAUUCACAUGUA